CUGCCACCCCUGCCUGUCUCUAAGGAACUACCUCUAAGUCCACGGAAGAGACUAGGUGAUGAUAAUCUCUGCAAUGUUCCCCAGUCACUCCGCUGCUCUCCUCCAAAACAAAGUUGCAAUGAAAAUGGACCCCUCAGCCCUGCCAAGGGGAGGCGUCUGAUUUUUGAUGAGAAUCAGGCGGCUGCAACUCCCUUGUCCCCCAGUAAGAAGGCUCAGCACACUACUUUUUCAUCCCCUCAAAGAGGUCAGGAAACGCCAUCCAGUAAUUCCCAUCGUGGUCCACAGGAGAGGAAGAGUGUGUGU